UGUACACCGACGCAUAUAAAAAGCGUCGAGCCCUUGGGAAGCAGACUGAGAUCAGGAUGGCCUCGAGUCUUAAACACUACCUGGAAAGAUAUAUUCCGGCGUCGGAUUUUCAUUACGAUGCCUACUACCUCCAUACACCUCCAAAGAAGGAAAAGGCCCUCGCGCGUCCUCCUAAAGGAAUGCGACCCACACCGACGACCGUUGCGCACCAUCUCUUUGCCCUGGCUCACAAUGGACACCUGAUUUGUGCAAUCGAGGCGCUGGUAUACACAACGAAAGACCUGACGACUCUGUAUGUAAGCAAAGUCGACACAACCGGGUAUAAACCGCCAAAGACACAAAGUCCCGUCCGAGGAGCCAUUGCGGGAUUCCUUGCGUACUUGUACUUGGUAUACAAGAAGAAGGAGGGCUCGAGGUUGCGGUUGAGCUUAUUUGCGAAGUCCCAGCCGCAGUAUCUCUUUCCGGACUCGGCGAAGAACCAGAAUAAGCAUGUCGUGGACGACGGCGGAUUGAUCAAGUGGUGGGUCAAAACUUCCGAUCUUGCCAUACCAGAGUCGAGUAAGAGAUACUUAAUUGUACCAGGAAUGGACAGGUAUGAUACGCGAAAGUUCUGGGCGGGAUCGAAGCUUGAUUGGGUGACGGGGCAUCCAUACGGUGAUCCGAAAGAUCCGAAUUCCUCGAUUGCACGAGAGUGUAUACCUUGUUUGCCGGAUGAUCCGAAGGCACGGUAUGUUGCUGAGCUUGAUGAUAACGGGUCCGGCGCUACUAUGACACUCUCUCAGUUUUGGACGACAAUGGAGUUUCGACAGGAAUGCUCCGCGGGACGGAUGGUUGGGUUCAUUUCAGUGGAAGCGGUCGCGAAAGAGGGGUCGUCGGUGGACAACAAUAUGGAAGGGAAAACUCUGGACGACAAGCAAUACAAGAGAGCCUUUGAGGUGCUGAUCAAGAACGACUUUAGCACCGAUGAGUUCUGCAAGAAGUCAACGGAGGCGUUCGUCCGCAGCGCCGG